AUGGUUCAACAAUUGACAUCGAAGGGCUGGGAUCCAAAGAAAAUUCUUCAGUACACAUCUUUCACGCUGCUUUUGAAGAAGCUUCGCAUUUCUCUCGGGAAGCCAAACGCCUUUCUCGGCUGCAAUACAUGCAGCGAGUUGAAGAAAAGCAGAAACUCUGCCAAAGACGCGAAAGACAAGAAAUUGGCGGUGGAUCUCCUCACCGAACACCUCAGGAUAGCCAAGGUUCAACGGGCCAACUACCAAAAGCACAAGCUCCUUGCUAUGGAAGGUGAGAGCUGGAUAACUUUGGUAGUUGAUGGGAUGGACCAAAGUAAAACCAACGUUCCCAGAUUCCGAGUGGAGGACAAGAAGACUGCAGCAUUGCCAAAGCUCAUCACUCAUAUCACAGGGAUCAUGGCAUACACAUCCCAAGGCAUUCGAGAGUUUGCUUAUGUGGACAUGUCCCAGUUUCCUCAUGACUCCAACCUCUGCGUGGAGACAAUCCUCAGAUCACUCAUGCAUCUGAAGCAAGAACUUGGAAGAAAGCUUUUCGUGCAAAUGGAUAACUGCGCGAGAGAAAAUAAAAAUAGGUACACGUGUGCUCUUGCACAUCUUCUCAUAGACACUGACAUAUUUGAAGAGUGCCUGAGUGAAAUUCAAAGGAUGGGACGAAACAUGGCUCUUCACAUUGAGGAAAUAGAUAUUGUGCAUAAUUUCAAAUCUGUGAUUGAGCCACAUCUCCCACGUCACUUUAAGGGGCAAUCCAAGCCACUUGGGUUCCGAUUUCGGAAGCUCAAUUGCAUCACACAAAUGUUCGUCCGGAAACACGCUGAAGAAGAAUGGUGUCCAAACGAGAGAGAUGUACAGUAUGAGAAGGCAUGUCUUGGCCCAGAUCUUGGAUAUAUGUGUCUUAAGUCGAAGCCAGACCUCGAGGCCUUCUCAAUAUUGACUCCUCCAGACUGGGAAAGGUGCGGGCUGAAAGAUGUGAAGAACUACAUUCCGAGCUACUUUCCUCGGAUGGAUGGAGACAUCAUACAAGCGUGGGCAAACUUCUCCCCAGACACAAGACUGUUGACACCUACUCUGUACAUCCAGGAGCUAAUGCAACACAGGAUCAAUGCGACCAGCAGCAUCCCAAGAAGUUCCAUGAUGAGCAAUUACCUUGCUGAUCAUGGGCAAAACCUUUUUGGACCCCUUGUGCAACCGAUCAUUGGACCCGUGGCAAGUCGCAGAGAAGGUAUUUUUUCCGGAACUCAGGAUCUCCGCCCAGGUAUCCUUGCCGCGGUAUAUACAGAGGAAGCAUCAAGACCGUGGCUGGGGCAAAUCAAGAAAGUGGAUGACCAGGAAUUAGAGAUUCAUUGGUNCUCUGGUCGCAGUCAAGGGUUGCAACGUCCACAUGCGGCCAUGGUUAACUGA